AUGUCAACUCUUGGAAGGAAAGCAAGUGUUGCUCGGUAUAAUCGAGACUCAUUGAUAUCUGAUGAAUUGAUACAAUCAAUAAACUCUGAAGUAUACCAACGCAAAUAUGUUUUCGAAGUGGCUUGGGAGGUGGUCAAUAAAGUUGGUGGGAUAUAUACUGUCAUCCGUACUAAGGCUGCAUCUGCUGUAGAGGAGUUGGGUGACCGUUAUAUUUUAUUUGGCCCACUUAAUGAAGUAUGCAUGAGGACUGAAGUAGAUGUUGCAGAGCCAACAAAUGAGGCAUUGAAGCGUACUGUUAAAGCCAUGCGUGAACAUGGCACAAAAGUAGUUUUUGGUCGGUGGCUUAUUGAGGGCUAUCCCAACGUUGUUCUGUUUGACAUAGGAUCAUCAGCUUGGCGCAUCGAUUCUUGGAAGAAAGAACUGUGGGAAUCUUGUAAUAUUGGGAUUCCGGUCCAUGAUACUGAGUGUAAUGAUGCCGUCAUCUUUGGAGCACUUGUUGCCUGGUUUUUGAAAGAAUUUGCUGAAAAUGUCAGAGAACUAGAAACUGACCCUCAACCACCAAUUAUUGCACACUUUCAUGAGUGGCUUACAAGCAUUGGUUUAGUAUUUACGCGUACACGUCACCUUCCUGUUGCUACUGUGUUCACUACACAUGCAACACUUUUGGGUCGUUACUUGUGUGCUUCCUCUGUUGAUUUAUAUAACCAUCUUUCGGAUUUUGAUCUAGAUAAGGAAGCUGGCGAUCGAAAUAUUUAUCAUCGUUAUUGUCUUGAACGUGCGGCCGUUCAUUGUGCACACGUAUUUACAACUGUAAGUAAAAUUACCGGCUUGGAAAGUAAGUUUCUUUUGCGAAGAGAACCAGACAUCAUCACUCCAAAUGGUCUUAAUGUUAUUAAAUUUGCUGCACUUCAUGAAUUUCAAAAUCGUCAUGCAUUGGCUAAAGAAAAGCUGAAUCAAUUUAUUCAAGGACAUUUUUAUGGACAUUAUGAUUUUGAUUUGGACAAAACAUUGUAUUUUUUCAUUGCUGGACGUUACGAAUUCCAGAAUAAAGGAGCUGAUAUAUUUAUCGAGUCACUGGCUCGUCUUAAUCAUCAUUUAAAACAAGCACAAACUGAUGUCACUGUCGUAGCAUUCCUCAUUUUUCCAGCUCAUACGAAUAGUUUUAACGUGGAUUCGUUUCGUGCACAAGCUAUUGUAAAACAACUACGUGAAACAGUGAAUUCAAUUCAAAGUGAAAUGGGACAUAGGUUAUUUGAAGUGUGUCUUCGAGGGCUUAUUCCUCAAGGAUCUGAUAUACUUACUCAGGGUGAUGUAUUUCGUCUUAAACGUUGUAUAUAUGCAACACAACGAAAUAAUUUGCCCCCUAUUUGUACACACAAUGUUGUUCAAGAUAAUAUCGACCUAGUUCUGUGUAACUUACGCCGGUGUCAGUUAUUUAAUGAUCGUCAUGAUCGUGUUAAAGUUAUUUUUCAUCCUGAAUUCUUAAGUUCUACCAAUCCACUACUACCGAUGGAUUAUGAAGAAUUUGUGCGAGGCUGUCAUUUAGGUGUUUUCCCAUCAUAUUAUGAACCAUGGGGUUAUACACCAGCUGAAUGCACCGUAAUGGGUAUUCCAUCAGUAACAACAAAUCUUUCUGGAUUUGGCUGCUUCAUAGAAGAGCAUGUAGAGGAUCCCAAAUCGUAUGGAAUAUACAUUGUUGAUCGUCGUUUUCAAAGCUGUGAAGACAGUGUUCAACAGUUAACCAAGUAUUUGGUUGAGUUCUGUCAAUAUUCUCGUCGUCAACGUAUUGUUUUAAGAAAUCGUACUGAGCGAUUAAGUGAACUGUUAGAUUGGAAAAAUCUUUCCUGUUACUAUCAACGUGCCAGAUUAAUGGCUUUAAAGAGAUUCUCUCCAGAACUAUUCACAUCUAACAAUAAUGAUGAUACUUUAUCGACUCAUAGUUUUCAUCUUAGUCGACCAUAUUCAGCACCUGUAUCUCCAUCAUUAUCAGGACAAUCAACACCGUUGCGAAGUGCCGGUGCAAAUAGUUCAAAUCGUAGCAGUCCUACAUCACAUUUAGAUGAUGAUGAAGUUGAUGAUGACACAGAACGAUUAGAACUAGGUCUUGGUGCAGUAGAAAUCAAUGAUCCUGUACCUGGUUGAAGUACGAAAGCAAAAAAAAUCUUAACAAUAUUGAAGUAUAAAAUUAGAAUGUGACUAGUUUAUUUUGUUUCUUUAUUUCUUCUCUUUUCAUUAUUUACCAUUUAUUUUAUUUCUUUUUGUUCAUUUAUAAUUCAUUUAGGUCUUUGUUUUAAUGUGCAUAUUUUAUCAAUCUUAUAAUAUUGUUAUCAUCCUUUAUUGAUAAUAGUUUACACUGUACUAAUUUUCUACACUUCAUCAAUGAAUAUCAUUUGGACAUUUUGUAAAGUCAGAAUUUCUGAUCUCAUUUCACAUGUAUC